UGCACGGUGCACACUGGCUGUACAUACAGAGGCACGGCUCGCCACAUUAUCGUCACGAUUGCACAAACAAUUCUACCACGCCACUGACUGAAAUCAUGCAAACCAAAGGCUAGGUGUUAAAAAUUGCCACAACAGUAAAACAGAUCGCAAUUCUGCGCAGCACAACGGUAAAAAAACACACAUCAAGCACACAACCCGACGGGUGUAAACGCGCCCGCAACGAAACCUUUCCAUCCCGCACGUAUCGUACAGUGCGGUGCAGUGUUUAGCGUAGAUGCGCGUGUGUAUGUGUGUGGGUGUUUGUUUGUGUGCACGCGCGUGUGCAAGAGCCAGUGUGUGUAUGUGUGUGUGUGUGGGUGCGUGUGCACGGAGAAGGAGCUUGAUUCAGAAUAAUCACGCCACUGCGGACGGAAGUAGCCCGUGUGUGUCUUUCGGUGGUGUUGUUUUGCUCCGAAACGGGUUGGCGAAAUGGAGACGAGCGCCUGAAGUAUGUGAAAAUUGCAGCCCUGCCCACCCACCGCCUUCGGCAAAGGGUAAGGCGCCACCCACCCCUUCCCCGUGUUCAGUGAGCAUUCUCGGCCGUGUGGACUUGUGUGUGUGUGGUGGGCCCCGGUGGAGGCCCAAGGAGUGUGUGUGUGUGUGUGAGCGUGUAUGUGUGCAUGGGGAUGUGUAUGUGUGUAUGCUAGGUACACAUAGGAGAGAUCAGCGCUGCAGCCGGAGCCGGAACGCAGCAGGCCACACAGGAAGGCAGUAGGCCACACGACGCGAACGAGUGACAGAGACAUACACACAAACAGUGCCCCCCCACCCCCACCCCCCGUGCGUGCGCGCUCCCCUGCUCUUGCCACCCUCCCCCUCCGCCGCUCCAUCUCCUCGGUGGGAUAGACGUGCGCGAACCGAGCAGCGCGCCCGCGAUACGAGCGGAGCGGAGCGAGGUGCGAGAGCGAGAUAGACACAGCGCGACGGCGACCGGAGCCACCACAUACAGCGCGCAGUGUCGUAUCUUCUUCAGUUACCCACCAUCUUGGAUUUUGGGCUUGCCAGUGUUUAGAAGGGGCCGACCGAGCUCUGGGUGCUGCUGCAGCGGGCCGAGCGCGUGACACCUUCCUCGAACCAAAAAAAAAGCAAAACAAAAACAAAAAAACAAAAGAAAAGAAAAACACACACCCGACCCUUCCCCCUUCCCUACAGAGGUCUGAUCCCCCCCCCCUCCUUCCCAUUCUGCUCCUUCCUGCUCACCUGGCUGCCGACACCGUUGCACGUUCAUAAUAUGGCUGUGUUUCUAAUUAAUAUAUGCAAGUUCAACGGUUGUGAGCGGAUUUUUCCCAGCUUGCGCGAUUUAAUACACCACAUCGAGAACACCCAUAUAGAUGACUCACAGGCGCCGGAUGUGACGGAAAAGACGCAGCCCACCUGUCUGCCGCUCAGCUACGUGCUGCGCUUCGUCACCGACGAGAGCCGCCGGGAUGGCGGCGGUGUGGCGUCGCCGAUGGCCGCUGCCGCUGCCGCCACCUCGACCAACAGCCCGGACAAGGCGCAACCGGCCGCCGUUGCCGGGGGCAAUGGGCUGCGGCUGUCCGGUUCGGGCCAGCAGCCGCUGCCACCACCGUCCUCGAUCAACCAAAAAAGUGCGGCGUCGGACCAUCACGGCACCGCCGGCACAAACGCCGGCGCCGCCGCCAACCUGCACGGCAUCGCGGCCACAAACCAUCUCGGUGCCGUUGGCACGAAUGGCACGAGCGGCAGCAGCGCACCGGCCAAUGGUGGGGGCGGUGCCACGCCGAACGGUAUCGCCGACCAGCAGCAGCAGAACGGGCUCGGUGGCGCCGUAGCAGCCGGGACCGGCGGGCUGGAGCCGGGCAAGCCGGCCCACCUCAACCAGCAAACGGUUGGCACAACCGAUCUCAAGCGCAAGAUUGCCAUCAAACAUCACAGCUACAGCAUAUCGGCGGCGAACCGCAGCAUAACGCCAACAGGAAGCGAAAUGGAUGACGACGAGAUGAUGGUGUCCGAGUCGGAGGACAGCAACGACUCGUGGACGACGGAGGAGUUCAGCUCCGAGUUUAUCAUGCGCUAUGGCAGCAGGCGCCAUUCGGCAUCCGGCGGCGGCAGCGGUAUCAACUCGACGAACGAGAAACCGUUCGCCUGCCCGGUGCCAGGUUGCAAGAAGCGCUACAAAAACGUGAACGGCAUCAAGUACCAUUCGAAGAACGGGCACAAAAAGGACGGAAACCGGGUCCGCAAAGCGUUCAAAUGCUACUGCGGCAAGAGCUACAAGACGGCCCAGCGGCUGAAGAACCACAACGUAGUGGUGCACGCGGCCGGCGGCCAGAACGGUGGCUCCCCGAUCGAUGGGCCGAGCGUGCCGGUCACCACCGUGCCGCUCGCUUCGCCGGCCGGCGGCGGCGGUGGCCUUUCCUCGCCGGCCGCGCUGAUCUCACCGCCGAUCAAAUCUCCCUCGCUGACGAACGGCGGCCAGAGCGCGGCCGGCCCGAACGCCACCCUCCCCAGCAGCGGUAGCAGUAUUGUGACAGCGGCCGCCGCCGCCAUCGCAUCUAGUCAAAUCGGUACAAACGCAACCACCACCAACACCAGCGCGACGUGCACCACUAGUCCAUCCACGCUUACGAUCACGCAGGUGACCACCCACAAGGUGCCGCGGGCGCUCGUGCUGGCCGCGAAUGGUACCGGCACGGGGAGCGCGGUUGCCGGCAGCACCGGCACCACCGUCACGGUCGGCAACAGCCCCAACGCGCUGCCGGUGGUAAGCGGUGCGUCCCCGCCGGCGGUCGGGUUUCCCGUGUCGCCCACCACCAUCACGUCGGCAGGCGUAUCGCCGGUAAGCAUUAAGUACGACAAUCUCGGCAUCCUGACACCGGCCACCUCGCCGAAGCUGAUCGCGGCCAGCCUCUGCGGCCAGGAGGGUGGCGGCAACCAGCCGCAACCGGCGCCGCCGCCCCCACCACCGACGGUGGUUACGACGGCAACGAUGCCGGCCGGCAGCAACAACACCACCACCGUGCUCGGUGGCAUCUCGCUGAAGGGCAGCGGUACCGCCGCGACCGUCAACGGCGAACUGGUCGGCAAUGGGAACGUUGGCACGAUCGCACUAGUCGUGUCGGCCUCGUCCGCGGCCGUCGCCAAUGGCAGCGAGGCCAAGCUGCUGACCGGUGGCGGUGGCGGGACCGGCCCCACCGUCAAAAGCGCAGUCCUCUCGGCGUCGGUCACGGCCGGCCAGCUGUUCGCCGAAGAGACGUAGCCGAUACUUAAGAAUUUACUGCUGCGCAAGUAUUGACUGGCUAGAGAAAGGGUACCUGUUCGACUAGUUUUUAACCACCGUUUCGUUUCUGCGGACGGAAGGCGGCAACCAUAACGCACCACGCCGCUUUCCCUCCCACUGCGCAGCUUGCAGUCUUGCUGUGGCCCUGUUUCCUCCCUAAAAAUAAUCCCGCACACCGUCAUUGUGUUAUCUUCAAAGCAAGUCAGACGAUAAGACGACUGCGCGUCCCAAAGGGCAAACCACAUAGACACGCGCGCGCACACACACAGAUACACACACACACACGCACACACACACACGCACACACACACACACACGCACACACACACACGCACACACACACACACACACACACACACACACACACACACACACACACACACACACACACACACACACACACACACACACACACACACACACACACACACACACACACACACACACACUGGAAUAUCCACUCGAUUUCAAAUUAAAACGAAAAAAAACAUAUAAAGCAAGCUGGAGGGUAAUCGAAAACAAAAAAAAAAAUACGUUAGCAUAAAUUAUCAAUAAUUGUAUACAACACACAUGGAGGAGCGGUUAAGUUUGUUUUGCAGCGUGAGUUAGCAUACUAUUAUUUAAUUUUGCGUUUGCUAUGUUCCUUCCCCUCGCGCGAUCGCGAUUCAAGAAAGGCUUUUAAACAAAUUUAAUCCUAAAGCUGCUUCCCGACCCCGUUAGGGGGAGGGCGACAAAAAAAAAAAAGGCUGACCAGCAGCAGCAGCAUAAAUUUCCCUCAAGCGAAAGGAAAUUAGGAAAAGUACUGCUAGAGCAAGGUAUUGCGGGGAGGAAAGUAGGCACGUACUGAAAUUAAUCAAACCAAUUUUAGUUAUCAGUGGUUUAGUCAGUGGUGUGUGGAUGUAUGUGGAUGUGUAUAUGUGUGUGUGUGUGUGGUGUUUGAUCCCAUUUUAAAUCAUUUUAGUCAUGAAUUAGCAUUGCUUGUUGCUUGCUAACCUGUGAGCGUGCGGAAUCGUGUCCGUCUUGGUAGGGAAGCGCGCGCCAAUACCACCAAACCGAAUACCAAUUUCUUCAAAGCGUGAGGGAAGGAUAGCUGGCCUUUUAGUAGGCUUUAGCGAAAACGGAGUCAACACAUCAUCAGUAGGGGCCGUGCGUUUGUUGAAAACAAAACUUCGCUUUUUGUGUAUAUUGUCAUUUCACUAACUUUAAAGCACUAUUUAUUUUAACAAAGGAUAAUAUUUAUUAAUUGUACAACCUUGCUUGUCUUGCGUUAUUUUGGGGGUCCCCUUUUGCCCCCAUUUUUCCCUUCCAUCCCGGCUGCUUCUCGCUACUCCUCUUUUGGAGUUGUGGAGUGGGAGUUUCUGCUUCUUUAUAUUUUGAUUUAAGCCUAAACACGUAACACGUAACAUGCAGUGUGCAAUAACAAUAAUCUGUGACAUGCCCCCCCCCCCCCCCUCUCCAAUCGGUUUCUAACCAAACACAUUUAUUUCUUUUUUUAUGUAUAUUUUUAUUUUUUUAAAUUUACUACCCGCACCGUUUCCUUAUACGCGAUUGUGCUGCUUUACUUCCUUUACUUCACGUAUGCUUUAGCGUAUGAAGUUUAUUUACGCGAUUAUAUUGUUGAUGAUUGGACGACUCUAGCGAGAUAAUAGUGAAGGAAGGAAAGAGAGUUAGAGAGACAGCCGGAGAGAGCGAGAGAAGGAUGUGAAGUGUGUAGUAGCGCUACUAGUAUCGGCAUUCGACCGCACUGAAGAUGAGAGUUGUCGAUAAGAGGAUGGGGCAGUCGCGUUCGCUGAAAGGGAAGCUAUUAAAUUAAAUUAAAUCAAUUUACCGCGCCCCGAUCCAUAUAACGCGCACGGGAUGGUUCCACCCCACUGCGGUGGGGUGCUUUGACGGUGUUUUACAACCCCUCCAUCCGUCGCACAGUAAUGUGUGUGUGUGUGUGUGUGUGUUUGUGUUGUAGUAGUGUAAUAGUAGUAGUAAUAGUAGUAAAAGAAUGUGAAUAUGAGGAGAGAGAAGAGCGAAGGCCAAUAUGAAAAGGAUAGGGCGGGAAGGGGAGCAUAUGUACGCGCUAAACGAGGAUCUCAGAAUGAUUUGUUUUAAAUCUUUUGAACGUAUGUCACUUUCCAAAAACAACCAAAACUCAUCUUAUCGAUAGUGUAAUGAUAGGGCAAAGGAGAGCUAAAGCGUAAGCAAAAUCGAGAGAAGAGAGUCGUCGGCGAGAAGUAUAAACAUUAUCAUAAUACGCAACAGUACGCUCUAAUUAGUUUGAAAGCAAACCACAGCAGCUGCAAAAUAAUUCAACGCAAGGAUCACGCGUCUCAUACAACUGCAUCCAAACUGCAUGCACACCUAUAUUGUUCCUGUUAUCAUUAAUAAUUAGUAAGCAACAGAUUCUACACGCACAUACACACACACACGCGCGCAUACACAAUAUAUACACACAUACACACAUACAUGAGACUAUUGACUAGUGGCUUACAUUUGCUGUGAUUUCUUUUUCCUUCCCAUUGUUUUUUAGUCUAUUUUGUUUUGUUUUGUUUUUGUUCAUUCCUCUCAUCCAAACAUCAUCAUCGUUCCUUUUUUCGUUCAAUAUACAAACGUAGGAUGUAGUUUUUUUAUUUAGUUUACAAUGCAUUUCCCAUUCACCGUGUUUUCUUCUUUUUUUUUGUUCUGAUUUUAUUUAACCACUUUUCUGCCUGGUUUUUUAGAUUGCGAGCGUUUACAAGCAUCGCAACUAACAUCUCAACUGUAGUUUUGUACCAACAUUCAAAGAACCUAUAUCCCGUUUUUUCUUCUUUUCGAUUUCAACACACAUACACAAAGACACAAAUACACACACACACACACACAUAUACAAGAAAAAAUGAAAAGAAAUGAUGAAGGAAAGAAUCAAAGCCAUAAUUAAUCGUAAACAAAAUCCCCCAUUUAACGUUAAUAGUGAGUGUUGGUGGAAGCCGAGAGGCGGAAAAAGAUGAUUGUGUAAUAAUGGGCGCGCGUUUAGUAGGCUUCUAGAGGCGUACGGUAUUUUGGUUUUGUUUAUUUUUUUGUUGAUGUUUUUUUUUGUUUUACUAUCCAACGAACCGGGAAACAUUAUUAGUUUGUAGGUAAAUUAUAUAAAGCUCCCCUCCCAUCCCCAUUCGCCACUCUUCCCUCUGUUCCUUGUACCCUGCCGUAAUGUAGAAUUAAAUCAUUUAAAAAAAAAACAAAAAAAGGAAGAAGAAAAAAAAACUCCAUCGUGUGAGGCUAGUGCAUCGGAUUAAGGACACACGCAUCGUGUGUAGUGCGUGUGUAUAGUAAUAGAAAACACCACACAUCGGCAUAUACACACACACACACAGAUACAUAGACACAUACACCGUUCGUUAGAUUGUGAAAAUAGUAUGCUAAGUAUGCUAAAGGGCGUUUGCACGAGUUGCUUUUAACAACACCCAUACUAACAGAUAUGCAUUGCGCGCAAGGUGUGGUACUCCUUUUCCUGUUUUCUUCUUUUUUUUUGUAUGUGCGGCGAUGGCGAUAGAAAAAAAAGUCAACGGAGCAUUAGGAAAAACGUGAUCCUGUCGAACAGAAGCAGAAGGAAAAAAAACAAAACCACAAUCAGUAUACAAUGCAGAGUUCCGAAACGGUUAAGCGCUUAUUUAAACAAAAUUACACACACACACAUACAGCGUUGUACAAUUUUAUGUGCAGCUGAUCGGUAAAGCUCCCUGCUAAUUCUACCCCCGCCAUCGCACAGAUGCUUUUAUUACGUUUUGUGAUAACCACACACAGGCAGCUCUAAUAACUAAACUGGGUAUUAAUCAAACUAAAGAGAGGAUGCAAGGAAACAAAAUUUCGAAAACGAUCAACACACAUGUACAACGUGACAUGCGCUGCCCCAUACCCCCAUAGCCAUUGUAAAACCAACCAAUAGAUGAAAGGGAUUGUGAAUUAAAAUCGUACGUGCGCGUAAUUUUUCGGGUUUAACGGGCGACAAAUUCCAAUUCGAUUUCUGCUGUCUUUAUUAGGUGUGUGCGAAGUUCGCUUGUGUGUGUCCCCGGGCUGAACAUAUAAAAACUAAAACCAGUCACUAGCGUGUGUUGUGAGCACAUUACUUAGAUAUAUUUAAAGUGAAGAAAAGCGAAGAGAGGAAGAAAAAAAACAUACAACAACACAUACAAUAAAUCAAAGAGGGGUGGAAACAAUCGAAGGGGAGCGGUAGAGCGGGGGAAUAGUGCAGAUUGUGUGCAGUGUGCAAUAAACGACGGGGCACAACAAUACAAACAACAAACAAAAAAACACACACACACAACUACAUUUAACUAAGUAAGAGCAUAAUCACACUCAUACCACUUAUUUGUCUAUAGCUAGUCAAAAUUUUUAAGUAUAAUAUUUAUGUUUUUUAAUUAAUAUUAUUAUAAUUAUUAUUAUUAUAUCUAGGUAAAGAUGAAGCAGAAAUACAACAGCAAGAAGCAGAAGAAGAAGGAAAAAAACACGUGGAAUUUAGGGCGCAUUUAUCUUUGUCGAUAGCAAAAAAAAACGAUACUUGUGCACACGAAAAUGUCCGCGCGCGCGCUCAGCCUGUUGUAAAAUCUAUAUGAUUAGUCAAAUAAAAACACUUUAAAAAUGUGAACGAAA